AUGUGUCGAUAUAUCUUCCACCACUAUACCGGCUGCGGCCACAUCUCCAGCUUCGAUUUCCAUAGCUGCGUCGAUGUCAUCAAUCUGCUGCGCGGAUUAUCCCAACCAGGCUUGAAUUCGCCCGAUCUGACAUGUACCAACGUCAAGGUCGAACACGACUUGUGCUCCACUAAGAUAGAGGCCUACUGUCUGCAGUGCGAAAUAGACUGGCAGCGCUUGGCCCAAGGCACUGAAGGAGCCGUUCGCAGCAUCCCAGACUACAUUCAAAUUGAAGGGCUUGAUAACUCGGACCCCAUCAUCACGACCAAGAUGCAGUGGCAGUUUACCGAGUCCCGAAAGCGCGAUUUCAACGACGCCUUUGUCAAUCUUGACCUCGAUGGCGACCACAAGUCCGACAGCAGCAAUGACAAUGACAGCACCGUCCAGCCCAGCACCAUUGCCAAUACGUCGACCCUCAGUUCCCCCGAGCUAUGGCAUGAUUUUGUUGACGUCCCGCUGAACGCCCAUGACCACCACGCUGCAGACGAGGACAAAGAGGAUUGCGGUCCCAGUCCUGCCAAGAAACGUAAUGACUCCAUCUCCGAAGACUACGUGGUGAUCGGUACUGACAUCCUCACCACCCAGGCAGAACGACUUACUAGCGCAGCCAACGAGGAGGAAGACUCGGACGAGGACGACUUCUACAGCCUGUGGCUGUCCGACUCGGACUCAGACUCGGUGGCUGACGACACAGAAGAUACCGCCGGGUCCCUCAUGCGCAAGUUGGAAAGGUUCACUUUCUCGACCUACCGAUCUACACCUCGAAGCCCUGAUCUCCCUUGUUCACCGCGUACCCGUCCCCGUCCCGACCCGCUGCCUCUGUACGUGGGCUUUCCCGGCCAACCGCCUGAAAAGUCGCCUCGGACUCUUCGGCCUUCGUCCAGGGGAAAUUACCUCGAUGCGAGGACGGAGCUGCAGUCGCCUGUGUUUGAGGGGUUUCCUGGUAUUCUUCCGGACGAGGAUGAGUUGGGACUGCGGUCGCCUGGUCUUGUGAGUUUUCCGCGUAUUGUGAUUGAAGAUGUUGAUGAAGACGAGAAGGGGAGAGAGAAAGGGAAGGUAGAGGUGGGCAAGUCGACUGGUACGGUGUUAGGUCUUCGUGGUGCGAGUUUGGCUUCUGGUUCGGGGUGUGCUGCUGCUGUGUUGAAGGGGUUGAAUAUUGCCAUGUCGAGGAAGUGA